UAGAAGCAAUAACAAUACAGUUAAUGAAGACACGCCAGGAAUCUGAAGCUAAACUACGCCAGUGUGAGCUCAAUACUGCUAUGAUUAAGGAUAUAAUAAAGGACACUAUGAUGAACACGACUAUGCGUUUAAAUUAUGUUGACAAAUGGCUCUUAGCCCGUGCGGAGUCUGUGGAUUUAGAGCACAGAGAAGAAAUAAAUCAUCCGCCUUCAACAGAUUGUGAAAAACGGGUUCAUCAACAAGUGACAAAAAUUUACGAACUACAAAUAAAGGAGCGCCAAGAUUCGUCAGAGAAUUGGAAAUGUCGCUAUAUGAAGGAUAUUGUUGACAUAAAUGAAAGACUAAAACUUAAAUCCAAGAAGUUAAAAGAAGCUGUUGAUCGGCGUACCGAAUUGCAGGAGCUGUACGACUUGCACGCAGGGGAAAUGCGCGCUUGGCUGAGCUUCAAACAGGAACGGACGGCGAGGCUCGCUCGUGAGGAACGCUCCCGUCUGGCGGCCACUCGCAUUCAAGCGUGGUGGCGCGGUGUCAUGGUACGACGGUGUAUCGGUGUCUUCAAACAGUUGAAGAACGCUAAAAAACCACAGACUAAACAGAAGAAAAAAUAAGUUUCGUGGGAACUAGGCUUGGUAAAAGAUUGUCGUGGGAAAAUAAAAUGAUAUAUUGA